AUGAAUUUUAUGUCAUAUAACAUCAGAGGCAUUCUAGGGGAGGGUAAGGCGUCUCAGGUUAGAGAGAUAAGGUUUGCCAAUAAAAUCUCUGCUUUAGCUUUGCAAGAGACUAAGGUUUCUAUGAUUUCGAAUUUGGCUGCUUUUAAUUUUUGGGGAAACAGAAACUGUGAACAUGCGUUUUCGGCUUCGGAAGGUCUUUCAGGAGGGUUGGUUUGGAUUUGGGACCCUAAGGUCUUCAAAGCCAAUACUGUUAUCCAGAAGAGGUAUUAUUUGGUGGUUAAAGGUAUCAUUGUGGGUUGUGGUGAACCAAUUAACUUGGUUAAUAUAUACGCCCCUCAAAACACUUCGGCUAAGCUGGCUUUAUGGGAUGAGCUUUCCUCGGUGAUCGACCAAGCUAUCGGAAAGUGGGUUUUAGUCGGGGAUUUCAAUGCGGUUCGAUCUCAGGAGGAGAGGAGGAAUUCGAAGUUUAAACCGGCGUGUUCUGAAAACUUUAAUAAUUUUAUUUUUAAUAACGGUUUGCUAGAGUAUCUGAUGCAGGGUAGGAAGUUUACUUGUAUAAGGGAUAACGGAAAAAAUUUGAGUAAGCUUGACCGGUUUCUCGUCUGUCCGGAAUUCUUUAAUAAGUGGCCUUCGGUUUGUGUAAGAGUAUUGCCUCCUCGGCAUUCUGAUCAUUGUCCAAUUAUUUUGGAGACAGUGGAAUUGAAUUUUGGUCCUCGUCCGUUCCGGGUAUACAACUCUUGGAUUGGGAAACUGGGGUUUGAGGAAUCUGUGAGGAAGGCGGUAGAGGGCUUUCAAUAUUUUGAUCCUCCGGACCUUUGUCUUUCUUCUAAAUUCGCUUGUAUCAGAUCGGCCAUUAAGAACUAG